UUUACACAGGUAUUCUCAGCCUUCAAAGAAUAUAUUCAAGUUUCAAGAUGCUGAAGCAUCAUUUGCUGAAACUCCAAACACAUAAAUUCCUUGAUCCCACAGUGUGGUCUUGGCUCUAAGGAACUAGGUCCUAUGUGUGACAAAUACAAAGAAAGGUUGUUAGAGACUGAGGGGCAUGAACGAGCAGCCGCAGCAGAGAAUGGCUGCAGUGGGAACACAAGACAAGGAACUCAACGACCUCCUGGAUUUCAGUGCGAUGUUUGCACCACCUGUGGCUAAUGGGAAGAACAGACCGACGACACUCGCUAGCAGUCAGUUUGGUGGAUCAGCUCUGGAUGAGCGCAGUAGCUCUGGAUCCUGGGGCCCUGGAGAACAGAACAGCCCCUCCUUCAACCAGGGACGGGGCUACGGAGAUGGCUCCCACUACAAUGAGCAUGAGGGCCUGUCAUCUCCCUUCCUCAGUUCAGGAAUCGGAGGUAAAAAUGAGAGGGUACCAUACUCUUCGUUUGGAGGCCAGCCUGGCUUCCUACCCAGUGACAUCGCCAUGCCCAGUCCAGAUGCCAUGUCUCCCUCUGGGCUAAAGUCUGCCUCUCAGUUCUACCCCGGAUCGUACCCCAACAACCCCAGGAGGAGGCCUCCCGAUGGCCAGCUAGACACCCAACCGAAGAAGAUCCGGAAACCCCCUGGCCUGCCUUCCUCGGUGUAUGCCUCUUCCUCCGGGGAUGAGUAUGCCCGUGACAACGGAGGAUAUCCUGGCACCAAACCUGGCUCUGUCUACCCAGGCUCUUUUUACAUGCAAGAGGGACUCCACCCCUCCUCUGACCCUUGGGCCUCCUCAGGACCUUUGGGUCAGUCUGGCUACUCUGCCAUGCUGGGGAACUCUCCCCACAUCGGCCAGCCCGGAUCCUUCUCUGCCAUCAACCCACAGGACAGGAUGGUGAGGACAACCCCACGCUAUAAGCGUCAACCCCUGCCUCUGUCCCCACAGAACUACCCUCUCCACGGCAGUGAGGUGAACGGCAGUCUCCCGCCCGGCUUCCACUCUGGGUCUGGGAGCUACAACCACACAUCCUCCAUCAACGGCGCAGACAGCAUCAUGGCCAAUAGAGGCACUACUGCAGGGAGCUCAGGGGAUGAGAUUGGGAAGGCUCUUGCUUCAAUCUACCCCUCGGACCACAACAGUAACAACUUCUCCUCCACACCCUCCACCCCAGUGGGCUCGCCCCAGGGAAUUGCAGGAGCUGCAUCUCAAUGGCCAAGACCUUCAGGGCAGUCUGCCCUGUCACCCAACUACGAAGGGCAACUGCAUGCCCUGCAGAACAAAAUGGAGGACCGCCUGGAGGAGGCCAUCCACGUGCUGCGUAGCCACGCUGUCCAAGGCCCGCCCGGCCUGGGAGGAGGAGCCCACUCUGACAUGCACAGCCUGCUGAGCGCUGUGUCCUCUGUACACAACGGUGGCCUGGGAGGUCUCUCUCAGGCCUUCUCCAAUGCUGGCCUUGCCCUCAGCAACAGACACCCUACCAUGGGAGGGAACCACCAGGAGGAGCCCACAGGCCUUCCUCCCAGCAGUACCCUGCUGCACGGUCACCACGCCUCCGGACCCCCUCAGUCCACUGGACAACCAGAGGGCUUCACCAGUCUGCCAGGAAGUGUGGCCCGCUCCACACACUCGUCCAGCGGCUCUGACAUCAAGAGGGAGGACAAGGAGGACGACGAGAACUCCUCCAUCGCUGACAAGUCUGAGGACGAGAAGAAAGAAACCAAACGCAUCAGAGCAAGAAAGGAGGCGUUGACCCUCCAGAUCCUCUCUGGCCUCUCAGGCCUGUCAGACCCGGGAGAUGAUCAAGAGGAUGAGGAUGACGAGGACCUUCCUCCUGAGGUAAAGGUAGAGCGUGAGAAAGAGCGGCGAGUGGCCAACAACGCCCGCGAGCGGCUGCGAGUGCGAGACAUCAACGAGGCUUUCAAGGAGCUGGGCCGCAUGUGCCAGCUGCACCUCAGCAACGACAAACCUCAGACCAAACUGCUCAUCCUGCAUCAAGCCGUCAACGUCAUUCUCAACCUGGAGCAGCAAGUCAGAGAACGCAACCUGAACCCUAAAGCAGCAUGUCUGAAGCGGCGGGAGGAGGAGAAAGUCUCUGGGGUGGUGGGGGAGUCCCCCAUGCAGCUCUCAGGAGGCCACCCCGGCAUGGGGGGAGAUGGCCAUAACCCAGUCAGCCAUAUGUAAUACCAGAUCUGGUGGAAUUCCCUUGGCUCUCGGAAGAUGUGGCCUUGAUCUCUUCUUCCACCCAUUCUUCUCAGUGUGUACAUAUACUGAUGUGUCUGUGUAUUGUCAAAUUCAGUUUCAAGACACACAUUCACACACCCUUAUCCACACAUGCAUACUGCCAAAACUGACACAGCCAAUUUGCCGCACUCCUGACCAUGACUACCAGCGCAAAUGUGAAGAACCUUGUACUUUUUUUUUUUUWUAUAUACAUUUUUUUUUUGCUUCCGUGACAUGAUGGAUCACCGGAGUACUAGUGUCCGGCCACAAAUGGGACUUAAAACACUGCCGAGAGGUGCUCUGUGAAAGACAGAAGCCUAACAAACUACAAAUUUACAAAAGGAUUUGUGCCUAAUUGUUACAUGUUUUAUGAGACAUUUAAGCAAAUGUGUGGAACGUUUUGUUUAGGGGUUGCUUGUAUGUAUGAGCAAGUGUAGAUUUGUCAUUCCCAACUUAAUGGUACAGUCUUACAUAUGUUAUGUAACCAAAUCCAUGUGAUAGAGAGGGCAGUUGACCUGCAUCGUGGGACAGAGUUGCAGUCCCACCCCAGCUCUGUGGGCCCUGGGCCCAACAUGAGACGAGGCAGAAGGGGGAGGAACCUCACCUGCCUAGUUGUCAUGUUCAGUGUUGUAGAAGGCUUUUUUUUUUAGAAGGCUCCAAGGCUUUUCUUCCCUGCCAUAAACAAAAUAAUAGUAUUUCAGACUCCAGUAUUGUUCCAGCAUCCCCUCGGUGUAGGUUAAUUGGGAGACACCGGUUUACCUGGCAUGGGGUAGAAAAGCAGUUUAUCAGCACAAAAGAAACAGUAAUUUUUCAUCCUGCGUCUAACCCCCACCCAUUGGUUACUAUUGAUGCCAUCCGAAACUAGAGAAGCUUUCUGGAAAGCUUGUGGUGCUAACCAGCCACUUUGUUCCAUCUAGUCAUGAGACUGGAGGCUUGGUUUGGAAUACUCUGAUGGGCAUCUUAUGGCCAUAUUGUGUAGUGCCACCCUUUGAGUUUCAAAUCAAUUGACCCUGAACUUAUGCCCCAUGCAUUGUUAUUCUUAAAAAACUAACACUAGGCGCCAAUGUGCAUAUGCAGGUUCAACCAGUGAUACCCUUAAUGGAAUGAAAUAUCCUCUUAA